CAGUGAAGCAAAUUUCCGCUCUUAUUGUUGAUCUAGACCUACUGAGAAAAAAAAAAAAUAAAAGAGUCCAGGAUGUGAACUGCUUGCUAACAUUUUCCAUGGCUUAUAACUGUUUGUUCUGUGUUUCCAAGAAACUGGGAUCUUCCUGAAGAAUUAAAUGAAAAAAAGAUUAUGGGCAAGUAUCCUAGAGUACCGUACUUGUGUGAAAGUACAUUCUUAAGUGAAAGGGAACUGUUUUUCUGUUAGUAACGAAGAUUUGCAACAAAGACUUGGAGCUGAUUCCAAACCAUGGAUGUUUUAAACUCUGAAGACAACAGCAAUUAUGAGGACUAUUAUAAUGCAGAAGGACUUGAGGAAUAUGGACUCUGCAAGAAGACACACGUAAAGGAAUUCAGCAAUGUGUUCCUACCUAUAUUCUACUACAUUAUCUGUGCACUGAGCAUUAUUGCUAAUUUAACCCUCCUAAUAUUGUUCAUCAAAUACAAAACUCUGAGGAAGGUGUUGCCUCUGCACAUGGUCAUAUCGGAUUUUAUUUUUACACUGAGCCUUCCGUUCUGGGCAGUGUAUGCCAGCAGUGAAUGGAUCUUUGGUGAUCAAAGCUGUAAGGCAAUCACAUUGGUUUACAUGGUCAGUUUGUAUAGCAGCAAUCUAUUUGUUGCUAGUCAGAGCUUGCAAAGAUUUAUGGACAUUGUAUAUGUUGUUUCUACCAUCAGGAUAUUCAACAGUCUAAAGAGGAAUACUAUUCUGUGCAUUUUGGUGUGGCUUUUAUCGUUUUUGGCUGCUGCUGUUCAUGUCAACUUUGUUGAGACUCAAAAGAUCCAUGAACAGAACAUUUGCACUUACAACUUCAACAAUAAAGUUGGCUGGAAAAUCUAUUUAAGAUUUCAGAUGAACAUACUUGGGUUUGUGAUACCAUUUUUAGUGCUCCUAUUUUGUUCCAUCAGACUACCAUGUGUUGCUGCCGUGAGGAACACAUUCCAGAUGUUUCGAUAUGAAAUUGGAUUCACUGUCAUGUUUUUUCUCCUCUGGUUCCCUUAUAGUGUUGUAAUUUUUUUGCAUACUUUGCAAGACAUUCAUGUUUUUUAUUCAUGUACCACUAACAUACACUUUGACUUUGCUAUUCAUGUGACAGAAUGCAUUGCUUUCAUGCAUGUUUUCAUAAAUCCUCUUUUGUAUAUUUGUUUAAACAAAAAUGUGUGGAAACGAUUGAGAAAUGCUUGCAAAACUCAAAGGGAGUAUCUGCUUGAGGAAUCCAGCUCUUUAUCAAAUAUUUCAAGUCAGGGUGGUGCUAUAGAGCUGAGGUCAGUUCAGCAAUAUCAAGCCCAUGACCUAAGCUUUUGUGCUGAACGACCUAAUAACUUACUACCUGAGGCAAUGUAAAAGCUUUAUUAUGUUUAUGAUAUAUAUACAUACACCUAUUAUAUACCUAUUAGGCAUGACAUUAUGACCACCUUACUAAUAUUGUGUUGGUCCCCCCUUUGCUGCAAAAACAGCCCUGACCUGUCGAGGCAUGGACUCCACCCUAUUGAAAAAAUAAGUAUGCUAAGUAUACUUAUACUAAUUACUAGUAUAUUUCAAGUGUGUUAAUGAUUAGUUAACUUAAAGUGUGCUAUUUUGAAACAACUAAUUUUGUACUAAGUAUAUUUUAGUUGUAAUUAAGUUGUAUAAAAACACAACUUUAAGUAUAUUUAGUGUUUUUUUGUGUGCUAAAUUGAAACAACUUCAAGUAUACUUAGUACACUUUAAGUGUAUGCCUGUGUAGGGACUAAUUACAUGCUUGAUUAGUGAUAUUAAAGUGUACUUAAUUUGUGUUAUAAGUAUAUUUGUCACGUUCCCAGUCAUUUCCGGACUACAUUUCCCACAAUCCUCCCUGGCAAUCACCUGCACUCUCUCCACCAAUUACCAAUUGCCACAUACUGUUGCAGCACAUUCUCUGGACUAUUUAAGCCACACGCACCCUCACACACUUUGUGAGGUCUUGUUUCACCCAGUGUACAAUUCUGAGCGUUAUUUACCCUGUCUGUCUGCCUGUUUUUGAUCCUGUCUGUUCCCCGUGUUCGUAUCUCUGCCGCCUGCCCUUUGGACCAUUUGGAUUGUUUAUUGUUUCCUGGUUUUGUGAACGAUAUCUGCCUGCCCUGAUUCAUUGUCUGUUCCUCGACUACGAUUUUGCCUGCUCUCUGCCAUACCUGUUUGCCACUGUUUGACCAUUGCCUGUUUUACUACGAACUCUGUUUAAUAAAGCCUGCAGAUGGAUCUUACCUUGAGUCCCACCUCGAAGUCGAAGAGACAUUUGAAUUCCGAAGUCUCAAGUUUAACCACUCAACAUAUUUUUUUUUCGCAUGUAACGUUACUUGUGCUGCUUGGUGUGUUAUAUAGAUUUGUAAUAUGUGUGUACGAUUGUAAAAUGAUUCUGCCAGUGUAAACUUAUUAAACAUAUUUACACAUA